UCCAGGCAGGUCUCCCAUCCCGGGACAGGAGCAGGGCAUUGCAGCUGAACAACACAGAGUCUUCACUGGCCCUGGAGCUGCUGUCCUUCCAGAAUGUGGCUCUAUUCUGUGGUCUUGGCCUUUCUGUCUGCGAGCACUGCUUGGGGACACCCGUCCUCACCCCCCGUGGUGGACACGGUGCACGGCAAAGUCCUGGGGCAGUACGUCAGCCUGGAAGGAUCUGCGCAGCCCGUGGCCGUCUUCCUGGGCGUCCCCUUUGCCAAGCCCCCUCUUGGGCCCCUGAGGUUUGCUCCACCGCAGCCGGCAGAGCCCUGGAGCUCUGUGAAGAACGCCACCUCCUACCCUCCUAUGUGCUCCCAAGACGUCGAGACGGGACAGGUCCUCUCAGAGCUCUUCACCAACAGGAAGGAGAACAUUCCCCUCCAGUUCUCUGAAGACUGCCUUUACCUGAACAUCUACACUCCCGCAGACCUGAGCAGGAGAAGCAGCCUGCCGGUGAUGGUGUGGAUCCACGGAGGGGGUCUGGUGGUGGGCGGGGCAUCCACCUAUGAUGGACUGGCCCUCGCUGCCCACGAAAACGUGGURGUGGUGACCAUCCAGUACCGCCUGGGCAUCUGGGGGUUCUUCAGCACCGGGGAUGAGCACUGCCUGGGGAACUGGGGUCACCUGGACCAGGUGGCUGCUCUGCGCUGGGUCCAGGACAACAUUGCCAACUUUGGAGGGGACCCGGGCUCUGUGACCAUCUUUGGAGAGUCAGCAGGAGGACAAAGUGUCUCUGUUCUUGUGCUAUCUCCCCUGGCCAAGAACCUCUUCCACAGGGCCAUCUCAGAGAGUGGAGUCGUCCUCACUGCUGCUUUGGUCAAGAAGAACGUCAAGCCCGUGGCUAAGCAAAUUGCUAUUGCUGCUGGGUGUAAAACCACCACGUCGGCAGUCAUGGUUCACUGCAUGCGCCAGAAGACGGAGGAGGAGCUCUUGGAGAUGACAGUAAAAAUGGACCAACCUUCCCUGCUCACUGUGGUUGACGGAGUGUUGCUGCCCAAGACACCCGAAGAGAUUUUGGCUGAAAAGAAUUUCAACACUGUCCCCUACAUGGUGGGAAUCAACAAGCAAGAGUUUGGCUGGAUCAUUCCGAUGGUAUUGUGGGGCUACCCGCUCUCUGAAGGCCAGCUGGACCAGCAGACGGCCACGUCGCUCCUGUGGAAGUCCUACCCASUUGUCAACCUCUCUGAGGAACUGACUCCAGUGGCCACUGAGAAGUAUUUAGGAGGGACAGACGACCCUGUCAGAAAGAAAGASCUGUUCCUGGACUUGAUGGGAGAYGUGCUUUUUGGUGUCCCAUCUGUGAUGGUGGCCCGUGACCACAGAGAUGCCGGAGCCCCCACCUACAUGUAUGAGUUUGAGUACAGCCCGAGCUGCUUAUCCGACGUGAGACCCAGCACGGUGACAGGAGACCACGGGGAUGAGCUCUUCUCGGUAUUUGGAGCCCCAUUUUUAAAAGGGCUAAGCAGCGCUGGGCGGGCCUCUGCUCUCACCUGCAAGAAGGGGGAUGUGUACUCCUGA